AUGUUGCUAUAUGCACUUGUUUUAGGAUGUCUCAUCCUUGGCUCAAGUGCCGGAGCAGGUGCCAAUGUAAAGGGAUGUGUAUAUUAUGAUUCAACACCUUUCCAGCCUUUCAAAGUGACAUUCGACGUUCCCACAUCAGUAGUCCACUGCAUGUACGACAAGGGCAGCAAUGCAACUGCCCAAGUAACAGGCUAUGGAGUAACGUGUGCUUCAGUAGGUCAUGUGUCUGGGAAGUCCUCAUCGUCAGGAGGAGACCUAUGUGCAACUGAUGAUAGUCGUUGGGGAAUGAGCUACGUCGCAGGCCCAAAGUCUGGCACAACGUACAGCACCUGGAGUGCACCAAUAUUUGGCAGCGAUCAUAUUGACCUAUACGGUCAGAAAAGCACUACACAUAUAUGUGGAUCUGGAUCCACAUGUUCUGAUUACAGCAUCAAAGUCUCGUCAGGUGGAGAAGAUACUGUAUAUAUUAUCUUUAACCCGUUAGCUAGCCCUAGUAUCUUUGACUACCUAGGGUCUAUCUCUAGUAUCUUUGAUGACCUAGAGUCACCCAAUUCUCAGAUGAUGGAGAUACUUCAAGAAGUAGAGGAGGACCUAAAGCUGGCAGGUUAG